AUGAACUGUGAGGCUUCAUCCUCUGUUUUUGUAACUCAGUGUUAUUUCUUCACUUUGAGUGGAGGAACAGUCAGAAAUUUGUCAUGUAUGAAGAGACUGACAGGAACUGAACUGCUAGACUUGGCGACUCUCAGAUCACCUGCUGAAGUUCAAGUGCGCUGUUAUUACUCUGCACAGCCUGGACAGUUUUCUACAAAUAGUAAUAUAUCUUCCAUCAACAUACAAACUUCUCUUCCACCUAAACUCAUCGUUAAUCCUAUGGUGAUCACAGACACUGACACAGUCACAAUGAACUGUGAGGCUCCAUCCUCUGUUUCUGUAACUCAGUGUUAUUUCUUCACUUUGAGUGGAGGAACAGUCAGAACGUUUUCGUGUAUGAAGAGCCUGACAGGAACUGAACUACUGGAUUGGGCAAUGCUCAGAUCACCUGCUGAAGUUAAAAUAGGCUGUCAAUAUAUAAUAAAGCCUGGAAAGUCAACGUCUCCCUUCAGUAACAUGUCCUCCGUUAAAGUACAAAAUACACAUGGAAAGGAUGGAAGCAUCACAGAUUUAACAACCUUCAUUACUAUUGAAACACCAUCUGCUAAUAGAGUUGAUACAGGCAAAAAUGAUAAAGAAGAAAGAACAACAGAUUUCACAACUUCUAGUAAAAUGUCAUCUGUAGGCAGAAGUGAGACAGGUCUGAUGAAUUCAGCAUCAGCUGGUAAAAUAACAGCUGUUUCUAGCAGUAAAAGUCCAUCCCUACCUGUAAUAUCACUGAGAACAGCAUUAGCUGUUUCCGGUACUGAAAGUACAUCGCUACCUGUAACCACAUUGAAAAAAGCAUCAAAGACACUGAAACUGCUUGUGGUUUUGGCUGGUUGUGGAGUAGCUGUGGGUGUUUCCUUACUGGUAUUUACACUCGUGAGGAAUCUACGGAGAACUGGUGGUAAAUGUUGGUUUGUUUUAUCAGUAGACAUUGAUGAAUAG